CGCGCAGCCCCAUCAAAGUGCACAGUUCCUUUUUUUCUUUCUUUUUUUUUUUUUGCCCCCCGCGCUGCGCUGCCCCCGUCCUGCCCUCCUCUUCGCUCUCCCAAGUCGGUGGGCUGCCGGCGGCGGACUUUCUGGGCACUUUUGGGGAGGCCCCCGCUUUUCGGAUCAAACUGCUAUGAAUUUGCCAUUAUGAUGAUAGAUUGCAUUGUGGGUGUCAAUUUAAAGUGACGGCCAUAUUUGCCGGUGCUGCUGUAAACAACAAAAAGUGUCUGAGAGAGACAGAGACGCUUCAGUGAAUUUCAGGACAUUUUCAUUUCUUUAAUUUAUAAUGUCUCUGGGAAUGUCUUAUAAACCCAACCUCCACGCGCACAUUCCUGGGACGGCCGUGAACCAGGUGGGAAAUGUCCAUUCUCCUUCUACCAGCCUAGGUGUUUCAGCACAGUCCUACAGACCUUUGGUGAAUGAUUACGGACCACCAUCUCUGGGUUUUUCACAGGGGAACAGCGGCAACCAAGUACCUCAGAGUAAAUAUGCAGAACUCUUAGCAAUUAUUGAAGAGCUAGGCAAAGAAAUUAGGCCCACAUAUGCAGGGAGCAAGAGUGCCAUGGAGCGGUUAAAACGAGGUAUAAUCCACGCAAGAGGAUUAGUACGGGAGUGCUUGGCAGAAACUGAAAGGAAUGCAAGAUCAUAGCUAAAUCUUACAAUAUUUUAAACUUAAAACAACAACAACAACAAAAAAACUCUAAGGACAUCCCACCUUCUAUUUUUUUUUCUUUUCUUUUAAGAAACUGAAGUUGCUCUUCUUCACGUUUUGAUAAACUGCUGCCCAAAGGAAUGGAAAACAAGAGAAAUUUAAAACAAGGCAUAAAGUAACAGACCGGUAUAAAAUGUUAUACUUGACCGAUAAAUCUUCUGUGUUAUUUACUCUUACUGGAGAACACUUCUCAGUUUUUUUUUUUUGUUUUCUUUUUCCUUUUUUUCUUUGAUUGCAUAGAUAAACUAACAAUUUUGCAUGCUUGGUAGCCAUUGCUCCUAGUUCACUUAAAAAAAAAAAUGCAUGGCUUGGUUUUGGGCAUUUAAUGAAAAGUACUGAGGCCCUGUGAUAUAUUUUUAACACACUAAAAUACUUAGGAGGCAAAUUUAAGGAUAGUGCCAAAAUACCUUAUUUGGAUAAACUAUUGUAAUAAAUCUGAUACUUGCAUCUUUGUAUGUAUUUAUUACGCUAAGUAAUAAAACGUAUUUUCAUUAAAAUGGUUUCAAAUAAAUAUGGAGGAUCAUUUGUU